UUACGAAGAUUAUAAAUUGUUGCGUAUAUACAAGUAUAUAAGUUUUGAUGUGACACUUACUUUUUUUCUGUGUGGUGUCCCGUGCAAUCGCCCACUUUGCUAGGCUCUUAUUACGAUCCUACUCUACGGAGGGUGUGCAAACUUUUACCAAUACGAUUCAACACUUACAUAUUGAUAAUUAUCAUUUUCAAUUUGUUUCUACGUUGGUACUCGUUUACCUGUUUCUCCUAACUAACAAUAUCGAGUAUAUGAUUUUUCGCCAAGUUGUAAUACUAGAUCGGGACAUGAGAACUGAUGCCAUAUGAAUCACGCGGAGAAAAAGGUUGAUAUUCUGCGUGUUUCCUGUAUAACUGAACAUAGGGGCUAAAAUAGGAAAAAGAUGCAAAAGAGAAAACUGUAUGGUUGUCAACUAGCAUUCUCGUAGAAACGGGAGGAAUUCGUGAGGUUUCGGAAAGGAAAUUCUAUAGGAAAUCGGAAGAUCACUCUAUCGAGAAAUAAUCAGCAGCAGCGUAUGCGUACUGUGGGAAUAAGAAAUUAUAAACAAAAAGAAGAGUGGAAGUGACAUUGGAUGAUCGAGUUGCACGAUACAGAACAUUGCAAGAAAUUGAAAGAACCAUGAAGGGUAAUGCGAAUUUCCAUCACAUCGAACAAGCUGUACGUAUAUAUGUAUAAUGUAUACCGCGCGUGUAACAGUGACGGACGAGAAAGAAAAAUAGGUGCUGGACUAAACGAAUAGUUGCCAAGCUGGAAAGCUUAAUAGUGAAGGAGAAAGAGAGAAAUAUAGCAUGCACGAGUAAAUAGCAAUGGUGGUGUGUAUGAGAAAAAGAGAGAGAGAAGCGAAGGAGCCAGUGGCGAAUUGACUCGAGGGCACAUAGCGGGUCUCCCCACGUAAGACGUUACAUAAUCAUCGACUCUAGUAAAUUGCUAAUUAACUUGAGCAGUAAGUAUUCUUUUGUGGUCUUCUGACUGUGAGAAUGGUAAAAUCGUUGAAAGUGAAAACCAAUUAAUUCAAUCGACUCGCGAUGCUCGGAACAACUAAUGCUAGGCUCAAAGUGCAACUUGAAAAGUUUGUCAUUACGUUAAAACAAUUUUCGAAAUUACUGCAACAUGAUACACGAGUAUUAUAAUAUAGAGAAAAUUCAAAAGACAAUAUUUGAAAAUAGAAAUAAAGAGAUAUUUUUGGAAAAAUGCGGAAACUGAGCUUUUUGCACACUUUGGAGAAGAACUCCCGGAAGAACUCUAGAGACGACGACCACUCGCCAUGGCGACAAGUUCGGCGAUACAGCGACGAGACGGAGAGGAAAAGAGACCAAGUGCGCGAACGAGUAGCUAGCCGGCCGGCAGCGAGGGAGGUGUACGACGUUGCGGACUAUCGACCCGGCCUCCGCUCCGGCUCGACGCGUGCGCCUGCCUCCGGCAACCCCUCCUACCAUCCCCGCAAACCGUCUUGCCGGCGACGCGGCGUUCUACGCAACGUCGGUGCGGCGACGGUGGGACCAGCAGUGCCUCUUACGAUUCCGUUCUCGCUUUGCCCUCCGUUUCGUCGUGAACGCUAUUCAAACAUGUAUAUCCGUGGACAAGAACUUGGAUGCGUGUCGAACGAGCUUCUUCAUGAACCUUCAACCGAGAUGUUGAAAUAAUCGGAAGACGGAAAGGGCGAAAAAGGAAAUGAUAAGAAAUAAAGAGAGAGAGAGAGAGAGACAGAGAAGCUUCUCAGAAUGAAGAU